GCACCGCGGGCGCUGUCCGGGGAGUUCUGCGCGCUGGCGAUCUCCGAGGCCGAGGCCCUCUCGCGCCCGGUGGUCGUCAUCAUCGAGGCGCUGGAGGCCGCCCCGCAGGCCUCCCUGGCGAUCCGCCAGUGCCUGUCGGAGGUCGGCGCUGUGGCGCCCGCGCGCGUCCUCCUCGUCGCGACCGCGGG